CAAGAUCACCGAUAGGCAAAGCGCCCCUACAUGCUUUGUAGCUAUGGUUAUUCCAAAGGAAUAGUGCUUUAGUAACGCUUAAUUCAGAAACUGAAUAAAAGCGGAGCGAAAAUAUGUGACCAAUCAGAGUGCUGGCUAUGGGGUGACGUCUUAUGGCUGGAGGAGGGGCUCUCGCUGGUUUAGGGCAGAAAAUUCCAGUAGACUUGGGCCACUGGUCACAUGCUAUGGGGCGCCGACCCAGAAUGGAGUAAAGAAGGGAACAGUCAGAGCAAAGGAUGGAAGGGUCUUUAUUCAGCAGGUACCUUCGCUGGGUUGAUAUUUUGGACCCUACAACUUUACUUAGUUCAGAUGCAGAAAUAAAGAACUCCAGGGCCUUACUGGAAAGUCUAGGAAUCACCAAUAAAGAUUUUACGCAAGACAGAAAGGUCAAUGAUGCACAGAAGUUGUGUGAGGUAUCUGUGCACCCAGACACUGGAAAUGUCAUCCCUACAAUUUUUAGACCACCAGCUUUCAUGCCAUUGGCUACCCCGCUGUGUCUGCUGUCUUUUUUGCUGCAGGCUGUUGCCACUCUGCUUCCCCAUAUAGGAACCAAGCCAGCCUUUUUUUGGCAGUUUCUCUUCCAUACUUACAGUGCUGGAUUCAACCUGCACAACAGGAAUGGAACAUGCAAACCAAAGAAAAGCCAGCCAUUUCAGUCAGUGCUUCUUGUUGGCUCUGUUACCUAUUUUGCUUUCCUUGGGGCAUUACCUCAGUUCCUCAUGAACAGAUACAAAUUCCGCAGCACAGCAAUGCAAACUUUCCUGGGCAGACUCCUCCCGGUGCCUCUUGUCACUUUUCUGAGUGCAUUUAAUGUGGUAGCUGUAAGGCUGCAAGAGACUGAGGAUGGAAUAGAAGUAAAGGACAAAUCUGGGAAUGUUAUCGGUACAUCAUCACAAGCAGGAUACAAGGCCGUGAAAGAAACUGCUCUGUCCAGAGCAGCGUUGAUGGGGAUAACUGCUGUAGUCCCUGCAGCACUGCACCCCUUGUUGCAGCGCUCACGCUUCUUUCUAAGGAAUUCUGUGGCCUUGGCACCCAUUAAAUAUGUAGCAACAGCACUAACCUUUGGUGCAAUGAUUCCUGUAUCCUUUAGUCUCUUCCCACGACAAGGCACAAUUCUGAGGUCUGAGCUAGAAUUGGAGCUCCAAGAAAAUACAAGAGAGCCUGUGCUUUUUUACCAACGAGGCCUUUAGCUUUCAACUUUACCACAACCAAGUUCUGUCCAACGAGAGACUGCUGUUAGCCCAGUUUCCUGCUGAAUCCACAUCCUAAACCAGAAGCUAUAAAACCAAAGCCUGAGUGGGUUUUGUUAGAGGUUCAUAGAGAUAGUGAAUAUACUGACUUCUAACUAAGCAUGACUCUUGUGGAUUAAAGGGGAAGUUCACUGUUAAAUUAAUUUUUUUUUGUCUGGUCAGGACAACUUUUGAGCAAUCUUUUUUUUUUUCCUGCUUUUUUUUAAUCAUUUCAAACCAUUCAGUCUCUGGCACAUUGUUACAUUUAACUUCUCUGAAAUAAUUACUGUAUGAUCUGGGGCUUAUGUGGAGCUACUCAUACCUUUUUAGUUUACACAGCACAGAUUUAGGCAGACAUAUAUAUUCUGCUGAGACAUAAAAGAGCAGUACAAAAAAUAUAUUUUCGAAAAUGGCUGAUCCCAUCAGUUAAUGAUUGAAUAAAUAUUACUAUACAAUGUUGGGGUCUAAAUAGAAGUUUUUUGAUUUGAUAUAAAGUCCUGUUGAGUGCAGUACCAUGUAUAUAUAAUAUACAGUUCAGUCAUUUCCCUAUGGGGCCAAACUGUAAAUUAUAUCCUUAUAAACAGUGGUUAGUGAUGUGAUCAGUUGUAUUCUAAAUUUAAAUAAAGUACCCCUGUUGUAAAAUAUGGGGAUAUUAGAAGUCAACUCGGACUUCCACGGCCUGCUGAUGAGCUGGAGGUUGGGCAACACUGCUGUAAAAGCUACCUCCUGUCAUCUUGCCUAUUGUCACCAUCAUGUGUGUGCUAUUCGCCAGUCUAACUACCUAAAGAGUAUGCCAACUGGUGCUUGGCUGGGUUCUAGGCCCAGGCACCUGCCAAACGUAGAUUUCUGGCAGUUUAUUAGCUUCUAUUCAUCUUCACUAGUGUGUGUUUGUUAUAGGAAUGUGGAUGAUUAACCCUUUGAUUGUCGCAGAUCAAUAUGCAGAUACAGGGACUGACUGAAGUGCCAAAUGUCGUAAAUUUAGGCAGCAAAUAAGUGGCUUUUAAAGCUGCUAUUUGUACCCUGUUGUAAAAGCUGCUAUUUGUAACCACACUGUGUACCCUCUUUACACAGUGUGGUUUCAGCAAAGCCUUGGUUGGGUACUUUUUUCAUUUAUGUCUUGCCCCACCAUAUUCUAGUGCUGACACACACUAAACAAGUAAGUUAUUUUUUAUUGUAUUUAUUAUGGUGCAUACGCUAUAAACUCGUCACUGGAGGCAUGACUUAGCAUUGAUGAUGUCAUCAUGGAGUCGAUCCAUCAAUACAAUUUGGAAUUUUUUUACAAAAACUGUGAAUGCUGGUAUAAUCUUUUAACUUUGCCAAUUGUGUAUGUAUCUGUCUGUUAUCUAAUACAGCACAAUUUUGUUU